AUGUCGACAGCCGUGGUAUCGACACCGAUCAAGUCCCACAAGGGGCUCUUCUCCUCUCGCACUGCUGGGGGACGAAUGCCACUUACACCGUCUCCCCACCAGCAAUCGACGACGACCACCGCUCCUGUGAACCUCAAUACCUCUCCAUGUACCCCUGAUGGGUCGGGAAAGAAAGAUGCUCGUAAAAGCUCCAAGUCCGCAUACGGCGGGAACCUUAUGUCACAUCUCUCGCGCUCCGUAUCCAUGGCUUCCAGCCGUGGAUCCCCAAAGUCCAAUAUUGCUCUUGGUGCACAAACGCCCCGCAAGGCCUUUGAGCUCGGCGUUUCUGAUUAUACCUUGACGGGAACCGGCGCUCCAAAGACCCCUGCUAGCACAAAGUCCAAGAAGGGCUCUCUCCGCCAAAAGUCUAAUAAGACGACCAUCAACUACGCCGGCGACCGCUUCAUCCCGAAUCGCAACUCCAGCUCAGCCAUUGCCAACGCCGGUUCUAGCAAGCUCGAUCUUUCCGAGAGACAACGACCCAAGUCCAGUACGAGCGGCUCAUCCACCCUGGCCUCCGCGGCGGAUGAUGCUGCCUCUGCUUUUGAGCGCCUAGACAUCAAUGGCGAUGAGGCUGAUACUUACACCAAGCCAUCACCAAACACGGUUGCCUAUCAAGACUCCUUGGCCGAUGCUUGCGGCGUCAAGCUCAAUACCCGCAUUCUAGAGUUCAAACCUGCUCCUCCCGAGUCUUCCAAGCCUAUCGACCUUCGUCAGCAGUACAACCGACCUCUGAAGCCCGUCGGUGUUAGCUCGGCUCAGAUCCGCAGACGCAUUGCUACUGCUCCUGAACGCGUUCUUGACGCACCUGGUCUGAUUGACGACUACUACCUCAAUCUUCUCGACUGGAGCACUGGCAACCAGGUCGCCAUUGGCCUUGAGCGCAACGUCUAUGUGUGGUCGGCUGACGAGGGCAAUGUUAACUGCUUGCUCGAGACUAGCCCAGAUACCUACGUUAGCAGCGUCAAAUGGUCUAACGAUGGCGCUUAUGUUGGUGUCGGUCUUGGCACGGGUGAGGUUCAGAUUUGGGAUGUCUCUGAAGGGCAAAAGAUUCGCAGCAUGUUCGGCCAUGAUACCCGUGUUGGUGUGAUGGGCUGGAGCAAACAUCUUCUGUCCACCGGUGCCCGAAGCGGUCUCGUCUUCAACCACGACGUGCGCAUUGCUGAACACAAGGUUGCAGAGCUUGUCUCUCAUACCUCAGAAGUCUGUGGCCUCGAGUGGCGCUCUGAUGGGGCCCAGCUCGCCACUGGUGGAAACGACAACUUGGUCUCUAUCUGGGAUGCCCGCUCACUGUCUGUCCCUAAAUUCUCGAAGACCAACCACAAAGCCGCCGUCAAGGCACUUGCCUGGUGCCCUUGGAACAUGAACCUCCUGGCCACCGGCGGGGGCUCUUACGAUCGCCACAUUCAUUUCUGGAACUCGACAUCGGGUGCCCGUGUCAACAGCAUCGAUACUGGUUCUCAGGUGACGUCGCUCCGCUGGAGCCCUCACUACCGUGAGAUUGUCAGCUCCUCUGGCUUCCCUGACAACUCUCUGAGUGUCUGGAGUUAUCCCACCCUGGUUCGCAAUGUCGAAAUCCCUGCCCACGAGAGCCGUGUCCUCCACAGCUGCCUGAGCCCCGAUGGCCAGAUGCUCGCUACCGCCGCUGCGGAUGAGAGCUUGAAGUUCUGGAAGAUUUUUGAGAAGAAGGCUGGUUCGUCGGCCGGCAUUGGCGCCUCUGGCUCAUCAAGCAAGGCCGAAAUGGCCAAGUCUAUGACCAUUCGAUAA